UCCUUACUUUCCUCUUUCAGCGACCCUAUUUCUCUUUGCAAAGCUUCGAGAGUAAAAUGGGGUUUAGAGAAACGGCCGCGUCUUGUUACCGCGUCUAAUAACUGGGCCGUGUCUAGACCAGAGAAGAGUGUCCGACACCGCGUCGUACUUGCUUCCGACGAGUGUCCGCGUCCGCAACGCAUCGGAAGCAGGGAAGCGCCGUCUCCGAGCCGUGUCGGAGCUUCCUAUGGCAAUGCAAAUGCAAGUUCCGGUGGGAGGGAGAGUGCCCACAUGGUUUUCUCGCCGGAGAUUACUGGAAGAGAAGCUCUGCUACCUCCACAAGUGCACCAACCUCAACCAUGUCAACCAAAUCCUUGCCCAAAUUCUCAAAGCUAAUCUCCACCGUGACCUCUUCGUCGCUCCCAAACUCAUCGCCGCCUUCUCCCUCUGCCGCCACCUCACUGCCGCCGUCAACGUCUUCAACCAGCUCCCCCACCCCAACGUCCACCUCUACAACUGCAUCAUCAGAGCUUACACCAACAACCAUUCACACCCCUCUUUACCCUUCAACGCUUUCCUCCAAAUGCAGAAAAACGGUCUCUUCCCUGAUAACUUCACCUACUCUUCUCUCCUUAAGGCUUGUAUCGACUCUUCCUCGCUCCCCUUGGUCCGAAUGAUUCAUGCCCAUGUUGAAAAAAUCGGUCUUUACGGGGAUAUUUUCGUGCCCAAUUCACUCAUUGAUUCGUACUCCAGGUGCGGGAGUUCCGGGCUUGAUGCGGCCAUGAGCUUGUUUUUGGUCAUGGAGGAAAGGGAUGUGGUCACUUGGAACUCUAUGAUUGGUGGGUUGGUCCGAUGUGGGGAAUUGGAGUGUGCGUGCAAGCUGUUUGAUGAAAUGCCUGAAAGGGAUAUGGUUAGUUGGAACACGAUGUUGGAUGGGUACACCAAGGCGGGGGAGAUGGAGAAGGCGUUUGAGCUGUUUGAGAGAAUGCCUGAGAGGAAUGUUGUUUCAUGGUCGACUAUGGUUUGUGGGUAUAGUAAGGCUGGUGACAUGGACAUGGCAAGGGUGCUGUUUGAUAGGUGUCCGGGGAAGAAUGUGGUGCUUUGGACGACGAUAAUAGCGGGGUAUGCAGAGAAGGGGAAUGCGAGGGAGGCGACGGAGUUAUAUGGGAAAAUGGAGGAGGCUGAAUUGAGGCCUGAUGAUGGGUUUUUGUUUAGUAUUUUGGCGGCCUGUGCUGAAUCUGGAAUGCUUGAGUUAGGGAGGAGAAUUCACACGUCUGUGAAGAAGUGGAGGUUUAGAUGUAGCAGUAAGGUGUUGAAUGCGUUUAUUGAUAUGUACGCCAAGUGUGGUUGUUUGGAUGCUGCAUCUGAAGUCUUUAUUGGAAUGAUGGCGAAGAGAGAUGUGGUGUCUUGGAAUUCCAUGAUCCAGGGGUUUGCCAUGCACGGACAUGGCAAGAAAGCGCUUGAGCUUUUCUCUAGAAUGGUAGACGAAGGUUUUGAGCCAGAUAGAUGUACAUUUAUUGGCCUCUUGUGUGCUUGCACCCAUGCAGGACUUGUUAACGAAGGGCGCAAAUGCUUUUACUCAAUGGAGAAAGUGUACGGGAUCGUUCCUGAAAUUGAACAUUAUGGUUGCAUGGUGGACCUUCUUGGACGUGGGGGACACCUAGAAGAAGCUUUCACGCUUGUGCGCAGCAUGCCUAUGAAACCAAAUGCCAUUAUAUUGGGUACUCUUUUGAAUGCUUGUCGGAUGCAUAAUGAUGUAGAUCUUGCAAGAGCGGUGUGUGAACAACUGUUUAAGUUGGAGCCAUCAGAUGCUGGGAAUUACUCCCUUCUGUCAAAUAUUUAUGCUCAAGCAGGAGAUUGGAUGAAUAUGGCCAAUGUAAGGUUACAAAUGAAGAACACAGGAAGGCAAAAGCCUUCAGGGGCUAGUUUCAUAGAGGUAGAGGAAGAAGUGCACGAAUUUACUGUAUUUGAUCAGUCACACCCUAAAUCUGAUGAUAUAUAUCGGAUGAUUGAUAGAUUGGUUGAGGACCUCCAGCAGGUUGGAUUUGUUCCAAUGAUACACCAAUAGAGGCUAAUGAAAUCAUUGGUUGCAUUAGCAUGAACAGCACAGCUGAUUUGAUGCUUCAAGAAAUGUAUAUGAUUUUUUAGCCGCGCUCAGCACUUUGCUUGUUUGCCAAAAACGAGUAUACAAAUCGUGUUAUUGGUUGCAACCACUGGUUCUGCAACACAGGCCAAUUAUUUGUGUACUUGUGAGACAUAGAGAUCUAUAAUCUCUGUAUAGAAGAAAGUUAUGAUCCUGCUCACUUUUAUGGACGUGUGGAAGCAUACCCCUUUGAUGAUAACCAUGUGCCAUCUCUUCAAAUGAUCAGAGAUUUCUGUGAAAGUGUGGAUUCAUGGCUGUCAAGUGACCCCAAAAAUAUUGCUGUUAUUCAUUGCAUGUAUUAUGCAGUAGGAAAAGGUAGAACUGGAUUAAUGGUGUGUGCAUACUUAACUUAUUGUGGCAUGUCAGCAGAUGAGGCUCUUCAACUGUAUGCGGAUAGACGAACAACCAAUAAUGAAGGAGUAAGUUAAAUUAGGUAUCAAUACCAAGUUGUGGCAUAUUGGGAUAGUCUACUUUCUAAUUGUGUUCCAAGAGGAAUUGGAAAUGGAACACCACAAGUGAAGUUGCCUCAACCGUCUAGCUGAGAAUUGCGGCGAAUCAGGCUUUAUGAUACAGUCAACAUUGACACUAUAUUCUUUGUCAUCUCAGAGCUACAAGA